CUUUAUGUAGUUAAGAUAAAUCUCUUUUCCCCCAAGAAUAGACUUCAAAGAACGAAAAUGAGCUACUUUCUGCCUACCAAAGUUUGAAGUUUGUCUAGGUCACGACCUAUCCAACCAUGCGGGAUUUCGACCGGGCGCCAUUUCGUUUGUUGCAAUGCAGUUUACAACGUUGAUAUUUCUGAUUCAACUAUGGAUAUUUGUUUCUAGUCAUGGUCAUGAUCAUGUUCAUAGUCAUGAACCACCCCACUAUAAAUAUUCUAAGGAGGCUAAUAUUGGGUAUAAGGAAAAUCACGUACGGGAAACACGUAAAGAUUCUUCUGAGCAACUGUGGGUCGAAGUAUUCGGAGCUGUUUUACUCAUUAGUAUCGCUCCUUUUAUUAUAUUGUGCCUGAUACCAGAUUUGAACAAACACCGUGGCUUCCUCAAGGUCCUUCUUGCAUUUGCAGCUGGUGGUUUACUGGGAGAUGCAUUUCUUCACUUAAUUCCUCAUGCACUGGAGAGUGGACAUUCUAAUCCUGACCAUGCUCACGAGGAAAAUAGAGAUGAACAUAGUCACAAGCGUCACUCCUACGUUGGACUUUAUGUUGUUGGUGGAAUUUUCGCGUUCUUGUGCGUCGAAAAAUGUAUCCGACUUUUUAGAAAUGACCAUUGUGGAGGGCAUACUCAUCAUGCAGUGUCUGAUGUUGACGGUGAAAAUAAAGGAAAGAAUAAGAAAAAAGGGGAAGAUACCAAAAGUGGAGCUAAAACUAAACCUACAGACUUCAAAGUUUCUGGAUAUCUUAACUUGGCAGCAGAUUUUACGCACAAUUUUACUGAUGGGUUAGCUAUUGGUGGAUCCUUUCUGGUUAGUAGGAAUGUUGGUUUUCUGACCACUUUUACAGUUCUGUUACAUGAACUUCCGCAUGAGAUUGGAGACUAUGCAAUACUUAUACAAUCCGGAUUUUCUUCACGUAAAGCUAUGCUUCUUCAAUUGAUCACUGCUGUUGGUGCACUUCUGGGUUCAUCUGUCAGCUUACUUGCUGCACGUGUUAGUAUUGGUCCUAUCGUUUUUGAUGCUGAUAUACUACCAGUUGUAACAGAUGAUGUUGUUAUUGGUUGCAUUUUACCAUUUACUGCCGGUGGUUUUAUCUACAUAGCUAUGACUUCUGUGCUACCUGACCUGUUGGCAACUAAUAAUAAUACAGGUACUACUAAUACACCAAAAACACGAAACAGUGGAUUAAAAUCAUUCGUCCAAAGUUUACUUGAAAUAAUUUCUUUAAUUAGCGGCGUUGCAAUGAUGGCUGCUAUCGGAACACUGGAAUAAAAUGUAAACAAGUAUAGUUUGUGUCUAGAGAAAAGAAAAGCAAGGUUGAUAUGACAAAUGUAGUAUAGUUUAUCUUUCUGUUUGUGCAUACUGGUACUUUUUGCUGCAAUCUAGUCCUCAUAUCCUGUUUCUUUUUCGUUUGUUUGUUCAUACUCAUAAAAUCUACUUUUAAGUGAAGUAAUGAAUUCAAAAAAGCAUUUUCAGAGUACAAACGUAACUAUCAGAGUGCUAUUUGAACAAAAACUACAAUUCAUUUGCUCUCAUACUUUCUAUCUCCCUUUGCAUACUUUUUUCUUUAUUAUUAAUUGUGUUUUUUUCCAGUUAAAUUUGAUCUUGUUUCAAUAAUUUUCAUUUUAUCAUUAUUUAGUAAUACUUUCAUUGUACUGUUUAUUGUUGAAAAUUGAUUAAUAUUUGUAUAGUUUUCUUAUAUUUUCAUCUUGUUGGUUGAAUGGUUCUAAAUGAUUCUUUAUCUUUCAUAUUGUAAUCGUUCUUAUCAUAGAACCUAAUUAUUCAAAAAAGAAACUUUUGAAGUUAACCAAAAAUUUACAUUUCUAUAAUCGAUUUUCUUCUUAUUAUUUGGUAUGGUAUGUUUGUAUUUUGUAUUUAAUAACAAUCGAAAGCAGUUUAUUACGUAAUCACAAUUGUACAUCGAUCAGAAUUUCCCUUUUGUGUUGGUGUUUUUUUUAUUAUUAAUAACUUUGUAUUAGUUUGUUCAUUUCAUUUGUUUUUUCUUCACCGGUAUGUUUGACUUAUUAUUUUGGUAAAACAAAUUUUUUACUAACUAUUGCGGUUGGAUGGAGGAAAGGUUAUUGUUCAAUAUAGUACAUAAUUGCUUUA